GACACAUACACCGAUUACCGGCCUAUCAGAGACCAAUGGCAAUUGUCAUCAUGAACCAUAAUAUUAAAUAAUAGCCAAUAAGUCUAUGGUGUCAGUGAUGUACUGAUGAAGUCGGGCAUUAUCGGACAUUAUCGGGAGGAAAUGGGAAACGGGAAUACUCCAAAUGAUUAACUGUAUGACGUGAUGUACCACACCCCCUCGUUUCAAUUAAAAACAAAUAACAGCUAUCUAGUAAUUACAUUUUGGAUCGUAGUGGUUUCCGGUUUCGCCGUCGGUAGCUGUGCUGGGGAGAGUAGGAAGAUCGACGAAGUGCAGUAUAAAAAUCACCGGACAGCGUCCGUCAGCAACGAAACGUCGCAGAACCAUGCCACGUUGCAUAAGACGUAUCCGGUGUAUCCGGCGCAGGUAUACGCCAACUUGUCGAACGUCAGGGACUUUGGAGGAGUCAAUCUGAACGCGGAACAGCAGCAGCCAUCGAGGACGACGGAAAUGCCGACGGACGUCGUGCGAAUGUUCUUCACCUCGGCGACCAAGAGGAAACCGCUGCAGGACACUUCUACUGUGACAACUCCCGUAACGCCGUCUACAUACAUCGUGACCGCUAGGAACGUCGCCGUAUCCGCUGACACCAAAGACUCGUCUCACAAGUCGCCCGUUUAUUCAGUACCGAGGUCCGGGGCCGAAGUCAAGUACGCGACUUCGACGGUGGACUUCCGGGGAUCGCCGACGGUCACCGAAGAACAAUCGAGAAUCAAGACAAAAUUCAACGGCACGAAAAUCAGACGAAUUUUGAAGGCACAAAACCAGGCGGCUCAGUCGUCGCUUCACUCCACUGCCACCGCCACCGCACAAAUGCCACCCCAAUUCACCAAUCAGCGAAAUUCGACCGCGUUCGCGGUAAACACCAAGGCAGAUUCUACCGUAGUAGCGUCGUCGAAACCGUUCGCGACCGUGCUGGUACCUAAACACGUCUUGGACGGCGGAGUCCAGCAUCAGCAACAGCAAAUGCUACGCGAUCACGCGCAGCAAGAAGACUCGUUCCGGCCAAUAGUUCCACCGAUAUUCACGCCGUACAAAUCACCCAACGCCGCCGUCGACACGAACAGCAUUGUCGAUAACAGACGGAGUUCGAGCAAGAACAACCAACAGCUCCCGCACCGGGUAACCUCCGGGACGGCCGUCCCAAAAUUGAGCAAUUAUGGAUUCGUGAAACCGGUCACGUACAAGGUGGAAGAAUAUGUGCCGGGCGAUGUGAAACCGGGCGUCGUACACGACCGCGGUAACAGUAACGAACAAGACAGAUCGGACCGCACAUCCAUGAUUUCCCAAAAACGGGAUGUCGAAAAUCCGCACAAGUACGACCACCUGCAGUCAGCACCGUCGUUCAACGAAAAUGCGCCGAGGCAUGAUGGUCUACCAAAAAGAGGAGAACCGUUGAAAUACGUACUCACUGAACCGAUGGUGGGACAGUUUAACGGUGCCAAAGGCCCCCAGCAAUACCGCGAGUUCUAUCAGGCCACCGAGUGGCCGGCCGCGGCUGUCAAAUACGAGAAAUAUGACGCGAAAGCGCCGCAGCAGCUCGGAUCGGUCCGAACUCAGCGACCAGUGUCGGAACCAUUACCCAAGGAGUAUUUCAACGGCCCACCCUCGAAUUUUUCACCCCAGAGUCAACCCGCCAGCGUUUCGUCCCUGAGGUCUCCCCAAACAGAAUCCGGUGCCCCGGAGUACGUGAUGGGUGAUCUAAACCCCAAGGAAGUGUUGAAAUCACUCCUGCGUGACAUGAUCAAGUCCAAACAGCAAGAUGAGAUCAAUCCGAAGACGCCCUCCACCAUGGACGAAAUCAUCGACUCGUAUCUCAACUCUAACCAACAAAAGGCGGAUGACAGUUUCGAUGUACAAACAGACAUGAACUGCAACUUGAAAUCGACCAAGUACAUUACCGACGGACAAUGCGUGUCCACCAAACCCGUGGUGGAAGCUGUAUGCGCCGACCGCUGUCUGGUUUCGGCCAACUCGUUGAGUCAAAGACAUCGAUCUUCUCCGCUAGACAACGCACAGGUGGAAGCUCUGCAGUGCUACGAUGGUGACGUGAAAAUGGUUCGCGUCCAGCUUAAGUGCCGAGAUGGGAACAUGUUCAAUAAUGUCAUAAAGGUGGUGACCAACUGCAGGUGCAAAUUACACCAGAGACAACCGCAGAUGAGGAGCAACUCUCCGACCCACUCGCCUCCACGUGCCACCAUCAACCCGGACAUCAUGGCUAUAGCCGCUGGUCAAUUCUGAUAACCUACUACUUAAAUAGGAUUAUUUAAUAUUUAUUGUACACUCACAUGUUGCACUGCAAGUGUAUUCAUGCAGAAUACUUCGUAUAUUGUUUACGCAUCGUAUGCGCUUGGCCACAGCUGUCGGUCUCUACAUAAGAAUUUAUUUAUUUAUUUAUUUAUUUAUUUAAGCUUAGUCUCUAAACUCUAAAGAAAAUGUAUAU